GGGGUCUGGGCACUGAGUGACUCGGGCCUGAGCCUGGCAAGUCCCUUCCUUGGGAGCCCCUAAGGCACAGGCCAGCCAACCCUGUGCUCGGCCAGCUCCAGGAAACUUCGGGUUAAUCAGGGGGAACUAGGGCUGCAGCCCCAGGCCUGGCCUGUGCCAGUUAAUCCAAAGUCUGUGGGUCUGAAGGGACAUUUGUACCCAGUCGGCCCUGCUGGCUGCUCUGCAGAAGGCUCCCAGCCCCCACCCCCUAGUGCAGGAGGCACCUGCUGGGCAGGUGGGGCCUGGCUACACCUGGCCGGGCCCUGCUCAAGUCUGCCAAGCCCCCCUCGGGAGUCCCUCGGGACUGGCUGGACCCAACCUCACCCAUCCCUUCUCCAGAGACUGUUUCCCCAGGCUUUCUCAUCACCAUGUCUCUGUCCAUGCUGUGCCUUCUGCCAGGAGGCCCUUUCUCCUCGGCACACUUAGACUCCUCUUACAAGCAAGACCCCACCUUUUGGAACAAGGUUGGAGGUCUGCCUGGGACCUGGGCCCGGCUGGUGGCCGCCCUGCUGCUGCUGGCCAUUGGCUUCUCCCUGGCCGUGAGGCAGCUCCACAGCAGCGGUGGCUCUCCAGGAACCUUGGGCUCUGGGGCCCCUCCACGCAGCGGGCACUCCCACAGGCCAGGCGUGUACCACCACGGCGCCAUCAUCAGCCCUGCAGCCACGUGCUCCCAGCUGGGCCAAGAGCUGCUUGUUGCUGGGGGCAACGUCGUGGAUGCUGGAGUUGGAGCAGCUUUGUGUCUGGCAGUGGUGCAUCCUCACGCCACAGGGCUAGGUGCCACGUUCUGGGGCCUUUUCCACAAUGGCUCCUCGGGCAACUCAACUGCCCUGACGUCAGGCCCAGCCCAGGCCCUGGCCCCUGGGCUGGGGCUGCCUUCGGCUCUGCCCGCCCUGAGUUUGCUACAUGCCCGCUUCGGCCGCCUGCCCUGGCCACACCUGCUGCUGGGCCCCACCACGCUGGCUCAAGAGGGCUUCCUGGUGGAUGCACCCUUGGCCAGGGCUCUGGCAGCCCAGGGCCCAAAGGGCAUCUGUCCACUCCUUUGCCAGACGGACGGGAUGCCCCUGGGCCCUGGGGCCCGCGCCACCAACCCCAAACUAGCAGCUGUGCUCCGCAGGGCUGCCCUGGCCCCCACCCCAGACUUUGCUGGAGAGGCUCUACUGAGUCUGCUGGCCAGAGACCUGGGGCUGGAGGGCCCCUCAGCCAGGCCCAUGCCCACCCUGGAGCCAGCACUGCAGCUCCCUGUGUCCCAGGGCACCGUGUUCACCACCCCCAGCCCCUCAGCUGGCCCAGAACUGCUGGAACUAAUAGAGGCAGCCCUUCACUCGGGAGGACCCAGCCCCAACCCCUGCCCACCACUCCCACCAGCCGCUGUGACCCCCAUGAGCAGUGUCCUCGCCACCGUGGACAGCAGCGGCUCGGUGCUGCUUCUCACCUCCUCUCUCAACAGCUCCUUCGGCUCUGGACACUUGUCCCCAAGCACCGGAGUUCUACUCAGCAACCUAGUGGCCAAGUCUGCAACUAGUGCCUGGGCCUGUCCCCUCAUCCUUCGUAGCCCAGAUGACCCAGAGACCGAUGUGUUGGGGCUGGUGGCUUCAGGGACCCCCACAGUGACCAGAGUCAUGUCUCACGCCCUGCUCGGCCACCUGCACCAGGCCCAGCAAGGACUAACAGGGAGCCUCAGAGCUUGUGGCCACGUGACCCUACUCCAGGUGGCAGCCCACUCAGAGCACGCCCAUGUCUCCAGUGUCCCCGGGGGCUGCUGCCCCUUCCAGGGGUUUUAAGGAGGGGGCAGUGUUGGGCAGGUGGGAGUCUCCAACCUGGAGGCAGGGGCAGAGCAGGCCCAGCAGCGAUGGUGUGCAUAAAGAGCACGCAUGGCGUGUGCACUCACUGAUGGCUCAGGACCUGGUCAGUUGCCUGGACUCGAGGUCCAAAUCUUUUAUCAGCUACAGAGCCUAAGGACGAUGAGGAACGAAUACCAGGGCUAGCGUUCGGAUCCAGCUCUGGGUAGGACAGGUGGGAGAAUGCCAUGCCCCGAUGCCCCCAUGCCCCCAGCCUGGGCUCUGAGUCCCUGGGCAGAGCAGACAGAGCCUGGGCAUUGCUGGCAUGUCCAUUCUCCCCUUCAGGCCACAGCUGCUAAUCUCCCUCGACAGGGCUGGGAACAAAAUAAAGAUCAAGUCUCCUGGCUCUCA